UCUCGCGAGAUUUGUUUUGGUGAGUCCAGUUGAGUAAAUGCCACGUCUUAUUCAGAGCUACCAGUAGCAUCAACGUAGACAGAAAUAUUAGCAGCUCAGCUCACAGGACGGAGAGUUAUCCAGAGGUCCGACAGGCACCGACAUUUGGCACCAUCCGGGGAUAACAUGGGCUGUGUACGUCUGCUGGCGCUGACACUGGCCACAUCUGCAGCGCUGCUGUUCGCCUCCCAUUCGGCCAGAGCUCACAGCCAUUCCCACGGCGACCACGGCCACGACCACGGCCACGGCCACGGCCACGGGCACCAUCACCACGGGCACUCCCACGGAGAUGACGAUCACCACGAACACUCCCACGGCCCCGAGGUGAAGAUGUUCCACGGGGCGAGCAAGUGGAGCGCGGAGGCCAACCUCCCCGUGGACGAGGACGAGCAUCACGGACACGGACACGGACACGGACACGAUCAUGGACAUGGACACGAUCACGGACAUGGACAUGGACACGGACACGAUCAUGGACACGCUCACUCCCACGAUCACGGACACGCUCACUCCCACGAUCACGGACAUAAUGAGGAUAUUGUUCGCGUACACAAGGAGGAGGUCGGGCACGGAGGCGAGAGGACGAAGCGGGGCGGGGGAGAGAAGAGGGACACAGUGGAGCUCUGGACACAGGCUAUCGGAGCCACGCUCCUGAUCAGCGCCGCUCCCUUCCUCAUCCUCUUCCUCAUCCCGGUCCAGUCCAACAGCGACCAGCACCAGAACCUGCUCAAGGUGCUGCUCAGCUUCGCCUCCGGUGGACUCCUGGGCGACGCCUUCCUGCACCUCAUCCCACACGCUCUGGAGCCCCACUCCCACCACGAAGACGGAGACCACGGACACUCCCACGCUGAAGAGUCCCAGGACCACGGCCACUCCCACGGAGCCGCCCACGGCCACAUGAUGUCCGUGGGCCUGUGGGUUCUCGCCGGGAUCAUCGCCUUCCUGGUCGUGGAAAAGUUUGUGCGUCUGCUGAAGGGAGGACACGGACACGGACACGGACACUCCCACGGACACUCCCACGCUGCUAAUAAGGACAAGGACAGUGAUGGAGAGGAAGAGAAAAAGAAGAAGAAAGAAAGCAAAGAUAAGAAGGAGCCGAAGAAAGAGGAGAAAAAGAGCACAGAUAUCAAGGUGUCGGGGUACCUCAACCUGGCCGCCGACUUCACGCACAAUUUCACGGACGGCCUGGCCAUCGGGGCGUCGUUCCUGGUCAGUCCAGCGGUGGGCGCCGUCACCACCGUCACCAUCCUGCUGCACGAGGUCCCGCACGAGAUCGGAGACUUCGCCAUCCUCGUCCAGUCCGGCUGCACCAAGAAGAAGGCCAUGUGUCUUCAGCUGCUCACAGCCCUGGGGGCUCUGGCCGGGACGUCCUGCUCCCUGGCGGCCGAGGGCGUCGGCGCCGCCGCCACCGCCUGGAUCCUCCCCUUCACGGCCGGCGGCUUCGUCUACAUCGCCACGGUGACGGUGCUGCCCGAGCUGCUGGCCGGACGCUCCAGCUUCGGCCAGUCGCUGAUGGAGAUCCUGGCGCUGCUGUUCGGCGUCGGCAUGAUGGUGCUGAUCGCAGAGUACGAGUGAGACGUGGAGGGAAAAGCUUCUUCCCACGAGAGAGAACGAGAGAAAGAAAGAAAGUAAACAGAGACCGAGAGGGGAAAAGGUCAAAACUGACGGUUUUAGGUAGAGAUGGAUCAUGAGGUGGAUUAUGUUUUUUUUAUUAUUAUUAUUUUGUCAGUAGAUGGAGAAUGGAUGAUUUUUUUGUUUGUUGCUGUUGUUUUUUUUUUGUUGUUGUUUUUUUAGCAGUUCAUGGGCACAUCCCUGAUUUGUGAUAAUUAUUUUUUAUUUUUUUUGAGCAGAUUUAAUAAAAAAAAAUAAAAAAAAACUGGAGGACCUCGACUCCAGCUUCACUACACGGACCAUCCAGCUGAUAGCGAGUUCCCCUGUGGCUUAAGAUAAAAUAUAAAAAAAUAUUCCUGUGAUUUGACCAGCAGUUCGUCCUCAGACCUGAGCCGUGUCGCUCACUUUUACGCAUUUAACGUCCUGAAUGUCUAUAUUUUUACAUUCCACAGCAGUAAACGUCGUGGCUUCAAAGCGGCACCGAGCCAGUGGACACCUGAUCGGUUGUUGUUGUUGUUGUUGUUGCGUGAACAUUCCCGCAAAGCGAUGGAGAUGGAGGAACGAUGAAUUAAAGCUGAAAUUGUUAUUUUCAAAUAUUUCUUCUCUGCGUAUUUCUGUAAUUAAAGAUGAACGGCUGAAAAACGAAA